AUGGCCGCGCUUUUGUUGGUACUCCUGCUCUCGGUAGCGGCGCCUGCAUCUGGGAUUGCCGCGCUCGCCCGCCCUGCACUCGGUGGGCACAAGGUAGCUGCGAGCAGGCGUCGCCUCGAGCAGCAGCCCGUCUCGCUUGCCGUGGCCUUCGACGGCGGCGUUUUGGCGGCCAUCACGCCGGCGGCAUUGGGCCGGGAUGCUGCGAGCGCGUCAGUGUGCGCGGGUGCGGCCUGGAUGUGGGUCGCUUUCUGGUCGAAGCUCGCCGCCGACGGCCGCAUCCAGCCCAAUCUCUCGCGCAAGAUCAUCCACACCGGCAGCGCACCGCUAUUCAUGCUAUGUUGGCCUCUCUUCUCGCCAGCGCCGUCAGCGCCCAUCCUCGCCGGUGCGGUGCCGCUCCUGCAGAUCAUUCGCCUGUACCGCGCCGGGAGGGCGCAGCCAGCCCAGCCGACGCCCGUCGGCGCCGCCGAGGCCGACGACACCGCCGACCUCGUCAAGGCCAUCUCUCGGAGCGGCUCGCGCUCCGAGGCCCUCGGCGGCCCCUUCCUCUACACGCUCGUCCUGCUCGUCGCCACUGUACUUGGGUGGCGGAGCCCGGCGGCCGCCGUCGCAAUCUGCCAGAUGGCCGUUGGCGACGGCGUCGCAGACAUUGUCGGGCGGCGGUAUGGCUCUGUCAAGUGGCCCUUCUCGCCGUCGAAGAGCGUCGCGGGCAGCGCCGCGUUUGUGGCGAGCACAGCCGAGACCGAGAUCGAGCCGCCUCCCGCCCGUCGCACAAAGCCCCGGGCCGCGAGCGCCUUCAGCGCGUCGCUCGGACUCAUCAGCCUCUUCCACGCCUUCGGCUUCACCGCUCUCACCGCGGCCGCGGCCGCGCCCGCCGUCCUCCUGAUCUCGCUCCUCUCGGCGGCCGUCGAGCUGCUGCCGACGAGACCCGCGGCCGUCGAGCUGCUGCCCGCCGAGCUGGCAGACGACAACGUCUCUGUCCCCGCGGCGGCGUGGGCCCUCUCCGCGUGGCUCCUGAGCGCAGGGUGAGGAGCAGGAAGGCCCCUCUAGACCGAGGACCACGUGGUAGACGAGUCCUUGCUAUUGGCGCCUGGCGCUGCACACACGCCGCCACCGGGCUCUAUUGCGCUUUUGGGGCGCGUGGCCGCCACAGCCUGCAGCCUCUUUGUCCGCGGAUCAAGGCGCUCCUCCGCGAAAGAGGGAGAAGAGAGCUAUAGGAAGGAGAGAGAGCGCGGUUUGCCGGCGUGUGUGUCGCGCCGGUGACGCCGCCGACACGAGACACGUGCCGAAUUUUCUCAUGCGCUAAUAUUACAUGUAGUGCAUUGGCU